AUGGUGAAUCUGGAGCCCAUGCACACAGAUAUCAAGAUGAGUGGGGAUGUAGCAGAUUCCACGGAUGCUCGCAGCACUCUUGGCCAAGUGGAGCCAGGAAAUGAUCGAAAUGGCCUAGAUUUCAACAGGCAGAUUAAAACAGAGGACCUCAGUGACUCCCUGCAGCAGACCCUCUCCCAUCGACCAUGCCACCUGAGUCAAGGACCCACCAUGAUAUCCGGAAACCAAAUGUCUGGGGUAAAUGCCAGCCCAUGUCAAAGAACUCUGAUAUUCUCAGACAUGGCUUCCCUCCAUCCGCUCCAGCAGCUCGUGCUGGUUCCUGGCCACUUACAGUCCGUAUCCCAGUUCCUGCUAUCUCAAACCCCGCCUGGGCAGCAAGGUCUGCAGCCAAAUCUCCUCCCCUUUCCACAGCAACAAGGCAGUCUCCUCCUCCCACAGACGGGGCCUGGCCUCGCGUCCCAGGCAGUUGGCUGCCCUGGGCUGCCAGGAUCCUCUUUAGAACCCCACCUGGAAGCAUCCCAGCAUCUCCCAGUGCCCAAGCAUCUACCUAACUCUGGAGGGGCUGAUGAGCCCAGAGACCUCGAGGAGCUGGAGAAGUUUGCCAAGACCUUCAAGCAGAGGCGCAUUAAGCUGGGCUUCACACAGGGAGACGUAGGGCUGGCGAUGGGAAAGCUGUAUGGCAAUGACUUCAGCCAGACUACCAUCUCACGAUUUGAGGCCCUCAAUCUGAGCUUCAAGAACAUGUGCAAGCUCAAGCCGCUGCUGGAGAAGUGGCUGAAUGAUGCAGAGUCCUCUCCGUCAGACCCCUCGGUGAGCACGCCCAGCUCUUAUCCCACCCUCAGCGAAGUGUUUGGCAGGAAGAGGAAGAAACGGACCAGCAUUGAGACCAACAUCCGCCUGACUCUGGAGAAGAGGUUUCAAGAUAACCCCAAACCCAGCUCAGAGGAAAUCUCCAUGAUUGCAGAGCAGUUGUCCAUGGAGAAGGAGGUGGUAAGAGUCUGGUUCUGCAACCGACGCCAAAAGGAGAAGCGAAUCAACUGCCCUGUGGCCACACCCAUCAAAUCACCUGUCUACAAUUCCCGUCUGGUCUCUCCCUCAGGGUCUCUGGGCCCCCUCUCUGUCCCUCCCGUCCACAGCACCAUGCCUGGAACAGUAACGUCAUCCUGUUCCCCUGGGAACAACAGCAGGCCUUCGUCUCCUGGCUCAGGACUCCACGCCAGCAGCCCCACUGCAUCUCAAAAUAACUCCAAAGCGGCAGUGAACUCCUCCUCCAGCUUUAACUCUUCAGGAUCUUGGUACCGAUGGAAUCAUCCCACCUACCUCCACUGA